UAGUUAGUUGAUGCUGCAUUUCAUUUCACUUUCACACACCGCUCUCAAAAUCAAUUUCCUCCUCCCUCUCUUUUUUCUUUCUCGAACCUUCCGCCGGAGAGCCUCGCCGGAAGGCCACCGGAGCUCGGUGGCGGCGGCAGCAGAUUUUUUUCCCUCUAUUGAAGAAGCUGCGAAUUGGCGCUUGAAAACGGUGGCGUUUUUAGCUUGAUGAUGAUGAAGAAGGGGAACGGCGAUGGAGCUUUCAGUAACAUGGAGAUGGAGUAUUUAAGGAGACACCACACGCAAGAGCCUCGCCAGAAUCAGUGUUCUUCUGCGCUUGUUAAGCACAUCAAGGCACCUCUUCCUUUGGUGUGGUCAUUGGUGAGGAGGUUUGAUGAGCCACAGAAGUACAAGCCAUUUGUGAGUAGGUGUGUGGUGAGGGGGAACCUUGAGAUUGGGAGUCUAAGAGAAGUUGAUGUUAAGUCAGGGCUACCUGCCACUACCAGCACUGAGAGAUUGGAGAUCCUUGAUGACAAUCAGCAUAUUCUUAGUGUAAGGAUCAUUGGUGGUGAUCACAGACUCAGGAACUAUUCAUCUAUCAUGUCCCUCCACCCGGAAAUCAUUGAUGGAAGGCCAGGUACCCUGGUAAUUGAAUCUUUUGUGGUGGAUGUGCCUGAGGGGAACACAGAGGACGAGACCUGCUACUUCAUCGAAGCUUUGAUCAAGUGCAACCUCAAGUCACUCGCUGAUGUCUCGGAAGGGCUUGCCGUGCAGGAUCGCACCGAGCCAAUCGACCGGAUGCAAGAUUUGUUGAUAAGUGGCUGAGGAGACUCGGUUGCCAUGGAUGAAGCUUCGGGGGCUUUCCUUAUCUCGGAGGCUUUGGAGACGGACUGGCAAAUGGAAAUGGUGCAUGUUUUUCACUGUUAUAGAGUGGCAGAGUUAUUCAUUUGAUUUGAUCUAUCAAUUAUCCUUGUUAUAUAUGCUGGUUUCUCUCUUUAGUAGUUUAAAGAACAGAGUAUUCUUAGACACGUGUCUGAAUCUGGGGAAGUAAUAGGCGAAAAAACCAGGAGAUUCUGCGUGAACUGCAUGUUGUGUUCUUAAAAGAGAAACUCUUAGCAUGCAAGUAAGUCUCUUGUGUGUAUAGAUUCUAAGAUGCUUUGUAAAAUUGUUUUGAUUGAUCAUAUCAAACUACGGUAGAAUAUCGAUAUGUGCAGAGGCUGCUGCUUAAUUCUUA